AUGGCUUUGUUCACUCUAUCAUCAAGAGCUCUGCCGGACGACGAAGGGAGUACGACUGCACCCCCACAAACAGGUAGUACUUGCGAACUGAUGAGCUCCUUUGCCAUCUUUGUCCAGCUCCUCCUCGCCACCAUCGCUUUCUCGACCCUCAUCUUCAAGCGGAGCAAGGAGAGACCUAUGCGGCCACUCAAAGUCUGGUUGUAUGAUGUGAGUAAGCAGAUUGUGGGUGGAGUGGUCAUCCACUCGCUGAACCUCUUGGCGGCGACUAUUUUUGGGCUGUCUGAACGCAAGGACAACAAUCCUUGUAUCUGGUACUUUUUGAACAUCUUCCUGGAUACGACAUUUGGAGUGGGAGUUCUGUACCUGUUCCUCAAGGCAGCGGACAAGUAUGUUGUGCAUAUGCGGAUGGAGGGACUCAGGACAGGAGACUACGGGAACCCACCUCAGUUUGAACGCUGGUGGAAGCAGACGUUGGUCUUUUCCCUUGGUCUUGUUGUCAUGAAGAUUGUCGUUGUUAUCGUUCUUACCUGGCCAUUCUUGUUCACGUUCGGAGAGUGGGUGCUGGGAUGGACAUUGCAGAACGAAAAGCUCCAGAUCCUGUUUGUGAUGCUUGUCCUACCCUUGAGCAUGAACAUCUGUCAGUUCUGGGUCAUCGACUAUAUCCUCAAGCAAAAGACGCCCGAAAAGUUUCCCAUCAGGAUAGAUGACGACGAGGAGGAUCUCUACGGACUUGUCGACGGACUGGAACACAACUCGGACGAUGACAGCAGGGAUAACGAUGAUUCAACAGAACACCAUGACAGGCCAAUGCGACUCCAACCUACUGAUAGUCGCGACAGUCGGCUGGAGGAGGAGGAUGAUGAUGAUGAAGAGUUUACAGAACUCACCUCUGCACCUAUCCACAGGCAUCAAUAA